AUGGCAUCCGCACAGGUUUACCGCUUCCAGCGGCGUUUGAACACACUACAGAGCCAUCAUGAGCUGGCUUUGAAGAGGCAUUCAGUUUCGAACAAAAGUUAUGAAACACGUAGUCGGGACGUCAUGAAUUCACUUAUUACUCAUUUGGCGGAAAGUGAGAAGAAGUUGAAGAAGACUAAGCGAACAGCAAAACCCAGAAUUUCUCAUCCAACAGUGCCCAAACAGAGCCGUUGCAACGAUUCGGCAAAUCCAACAUCCAGCUAUUUUCCCUACACCGACAAAUCCAGAUAUAGUUGUCGACCUGACCAAAUGGAUGCGCCUUGUGUGUUACAACAUGGUGGAAGAGAGCAUGUCCCUUUCCUCUUCGGUGAAAACGUCUAUCAUCACAACCAUACCAACGAGCCAAUUUUUCCGCCCCCCACGUACGCUGAGCAAUCUGGGCCAUCUUCGCCAGCAUCUCUUCAAGCGCCAUCUAGAAACACCAGUCAUCCGCCGGACAGUUAUCUUGCUCCAAAGGUCCGUGAUAGCAAGUCGUGGACUGGUGUUUCAAACUACUCUGAUUCUUUUCACUCGAAUUCUGCGACAUAUUCUUUUGGAAUGUAUGCAGAUCACCAAUUUACCCCCAACCGACUCUUGAGCUAUGAUCUGCCCACCACUCAACACGAUUCUUCUACUGUGCCGCCUUCCAUCUACUCCUGCCCGACCGGUCGACCCUGGUCUAGCUUCAUUGAUUCUCACACCGAUUUUACUCAUUCAAACGAGUCCUAUCCGGAUGACGUUACCUCGAGAAGGCAAUCACUCAGAUCACCAACUGUACAUAAAUUUGAUUCUGUUCACCAAAAGCAGCAUCCGUAUGGUGUGAACAAUAAUAUGUACGACCACAACGUCUGUGGUGAGGCCAACUGUAUGGCAAACGACCUAUCCAUUUUUCCUCGCCUACAUGGUUCAGCGUAUCCUGGUAUCAACCCCAUCCUCGCAUCCACCUAUCCACUCGGCCCCGGCUACCGUGCGGAUGAAGCCUAUCGACCCCUCUCAGCUGCUACCAAUUAUCCAGGCACUAAUUUUUCUCCCUACACUUUUACUCCUCUAUCUGUUAAUACAGACACGGCACAGUACACCAAGCUUCCUGAUUUGACGGCAGUUGUCAGCGUGAUUGAGUUUGCUGAUUAUGGUCUUCAUGCCUUAUCAUGCAGUUUUCUGACCUUCAUCGACCAAAAUGCAAACUCACCUGGAACCCAGCUGAAUCUCGUUUGCGACGUUUCCAGGCAACUGAAUGUGCUGCACCAGGCCGCCUCAUUUUUCAAUCGCUACGAUAUUCGAUACAUAGCGACACAUUUACCUCAUUUCGACGACGGCGCUGUUCACGCAUAUGAGGCGUGUCGACUGAAGCACCUUUUUCAGCCGCAGUGCAAAGAUCAUGAAGGUUCUCGCCCAAUUCGGAAACACAGCGCUGAAAGUGAAAACGUACGCACGAUGGUAAUCCAAAUGGACAUGUG